GGAGCGGCAGCAGGAAGCAGCAGGAAGAAGGGAAGAGGAGUGGAGGGAGCGAACGGCUCCAGCGCUCCCUGAAGCCGCAGAACCCCGGGACCAUCGUCGCCCAUCCCGCAGGUGCCCAGGAAGGGAUUUCUCAUUCCUAAACCUUGGCUGGAUUGUGGAGGAGGCUGCCAGAAAGAGGAAAAUGCCCCAGGACAGCCAGGCAGACAAGGAGCUGAGGAUGGAGACCAGGGAAGACAAAUCCCCACAGCAUAACCUUAUUGAAGAGGUUGUUUUGAGCGGCUUCAUGGUACAGGAAUCCAAUGGGGAGAAAAAGCCUUGGAGAUUCCCCCCGAGGAGGGGCUCUAAACCCAUCCCAGGGUGCUCUGAGGAGGAAAGAUCCACCCUGUGCCGGGAAGGUGGACAGAGAUUGAGCCAGUGCUCCGAGCUGGUGGUGCCUGAGCAGCUUCAUGAUGGGGAGAAGCCUCACAAGUGCUUGGAGUGUGGGAAGAGCUUCAGCUGGAAUCACCUCCUGAUCAGCCACCAGAGGACCCACACCGGGGAGAGGCCCUACGAGUGUUCCAAGUGUAGGAAGAGGUUUCGGAUCAGCUCCAAUCUCCUGUUACAUCAGCGGAUUCACACAGAGGAGAAGCCCUUCCAAUGCCCCGACUGCAGGAAGGGCUUCGACCGCAACUCUGCCCUCAUCAAGCACCGGCGCAUCCACACUGGGGAGAGGCCCUACAAGUGUGGGAAAUGUGGGAUGAGCUUCAGCCAGAGUUCCAACCUGAUCCGCCACCAGAGGAUCCACACCAGGGAGCGGCCCUACGAGUGUGAGCAAUGUGGGAAGAGCUUCAGCCACAGCUCCAGCCUGAUCCGCCACCAGAACAUCCACGCUGAGGAAAGGCCAUACAAGUGUGGGGAAUGUGGGAAGGGCUUCAACCAGAAGUCCCAAUUGAUCGUCCACCAAAUGAUCCACACUGGGGAGAGGCCCUACGAGUGUCCCCAGUGUGGGAAGAGGUUUCAGACCAGCUCCACUCUCCUUCUGCACCAGUGGAUUCACACGGAUGAGAGGCCCUUCCACUGCUCCGAGUGCGGGAAGGGCUUCAAGCACAACUCCACCCUCAUCAGGCACCUGCGCAUUCACACUGGGGAAAGGCCGUACGAGUGUCCUGAGUGUGGGAAAAGGUUUCAGACCAGCUCAGUUCUCCUCGUGCACGAGCGGAUUCACACAGAGGAGAGGCCCUUCCGCUGCCCCGACUGCGGGAAGGGCUUCAAGCACAACUUCAUCCUCAUCUCCCACCAGCGCAUCCACACUGGGGAAAGGCCGUAUGAGUGUCCCCAGUGUGGGAAGAGCUUCUCCAGGGCCUCUACGUUGACCCAACACCAACAGAGGCAUCGAAUAUACUACCAACGUUGACGAGUCCUGAAGGCUUCACAAUGCCACUAUGGAACCCUGCUGAAGAUCUCUUGAAGACAAUCGCGAGUCACGGGGUGGUGUAAGAGUCGGUCUGAAGUUCCCCUCAUUUGCCUCACGAUCAUCAUAAGGACCCCGAGGAUCCCACUGGAGUUCUGGCCUGCUCGAGGUGAAUGCUCACCAAUCGUCUGCAGGUGCAUUUUCCUGUGUCACCAUGUCAUGGUACACUGGCUUUGAGCAGUGUAAUGGCAAUUCUGUACCUGAAGAUUACACCUGCUUCACGACAAUAGCUGAUGAAUUUCCCCACCUCUUGGCCAAGUGGACUUUGUGGGGUAACUUUGGUGGUCCCCCACGGAAAAUCCUUCAUCUGCUUCACAACCACUGUGACAGACUAAUAUUGAAGCCCCCUCCCAAGGACUGAGAUUGAGACCUUUAUAUGAAGACCCUUUCAAGGACUGAGACAUGAGACCCCUACAACCCUAAUACAGCGUUAGCGGCGGGGGGGGUUGGGGCUGACUUGACCGAAGUGAGAUGUUUGCCUGCAGGUGUGGUUGUUGGACCAAGAAGACAAUGGCUCUCACUUACUGCUGAAAACAUGGACUACCUGCUCCCCCUUGGUAGCUUCAAUAAAUUUACCUGUUCCCCCCGCGAUUGAGGACUAUGAUAAAAACCCCUGAGUUAACUAGAGAUUUUGAGAGACUCUCCCUGACAUGACAGGCGGACCCAUUGACCAGACCACGAGGACUUCGUCUCCCCAUUUGAUAGCUAUAUCCCCCCUUUCCUCUCUCUUUUUCUCUAUCUCUUUCUCUCACUCUUAAUCCUCUAUUUGCUAUGGUCAAUCAAUAAAAUGUGCAUUUGUUUCCAUUAA